AUGGCGGCAGUGGUAGUAGCGGCGGUGGGCAAGGACGAACAGACAGUGGACCUGGUAGCUGCAGCAGAAGCAGAAGUAGAAGCGGAAGCAGAACCAGGAGUUGAACUGAAAGCAGAAGCGGACGCAGAAUUAGUGGUAGAACCGGAAGCAGAACCAGGAGCAGAUCCGGAAGCAGAAUCAGAAGUAGAACAAGUAGUAGGACCGGAAGCAGAACCAGAAGCAGAAUCGGAGGAUGUGGAAGAUGAUGAAGACAAAGACUCGUUCCUCGGGGUUCCGCAUCUGUUGAGGCCCGAGUUCCCUUAUAAAAACAAGUGUACUAAUUUCGUUACUUUACCAAAAAAAGCCAAAAACAAACAACUAAUUGAAUUAAUGAGUAUUGUUGCGGGGAUAAGAUUGUUCAACAAAGAUUGUCAACGCGGUGGACAUGGAAUAGACAAUCUACCGAAUAUUCUUCAAGAAUCACUUGAAAAAUCUUGUAAUUCGACUCUAAAACUUCUUGAAGAUUUAAUGAGUAAGAUAUAUCGUCUAACAGCAGCUGUUGAAAAUAUAGCCAACAAUUAUUUCGAUAAAAAAACUAAAUCCGGUUGCUCUGAUGACGAAAAGUUUUCAGAAAUCAAGUUGAUUAUUGGCACACUAGUUACUUGUCGUCAACAAGAAAUUUAUGUCAGAAAAGUUUUAUCGGACCUUGAAAAAAUAAAAGCGGAAUUUAAAAUUUUGAUGGAUACAUUAGAAAUGCGCUUACAUAAACUACAUGAUUCUGUGAAAUUUCGUACUGCAAUAUCUAUUGUACAAGUUUAUAUACGCCUAGAAAAAUUUACAAAUAAUUCCGAAAUUCUUUCUGAUGCCGAAAGACUCGAACGUUCAAUGGGAAAAUUAAUAAAUGAAUGUGGAGACUGUUUAAUUUUAUAUCCAAACACUAGUGAAAAUUUUCAAGAAAUUCAAUUAGAAUUUCAAGGAUUCUGCGCAUGGACUUUCGUCGCCGGAUACGGGGCAUUAAUACCCGGGAAUCCAAAUAUCGGUAUCGUUAAAUGGCGGGCUAGAUAUUUUGCGUUUUCUUCAGAUUAUGCUGCCAGCCAAUUCGGCAAAGAUCCUAACAGAUAUAUGUACGAAGCAUUGGAUUUUGUGAGGAAAAAUCCAGAGUAUAUUCGCUUAUUCAAUCUCCAUGAAGAUAUCGAAUUAGCGAAAUAUAGUCAUGUGGGUACUCGUUUUACGGGAAAUUACAUCGGGUAG